CAGGCAGCGAGGAGGCUGCAGGCAGCGAGGAGGCUGCAGGCAGCAUCAGCUGGCAGCGGGAGAGCUGAACCCUCGAGGUCAGGUCGUGUGAGGAAGCAGAGGGACGGCGAGGAGCUGGAGAUCUGCGUGGCUCCCUGCGAGUGGUGACGUGCCCGGCUGGAUCUCCGUGCCACGGGCAGAGCUCGGGAGGAGAUCGCAGCCCGCUCCUUCCCCACCUCGUCCCAGCCAGGCUCAGGCCAUCAGACGGAGAGCAGCCACGAGACUUGCUGGGACCUGUGCUGACUCUUGCCGCACAAGAUGACAGCAAGAGACGGGCCCCAAGAUAGGUACAAGGCUGUCUGGCUGAUCUUCUUCAUCCUCGGCCUGGGAACGCUGCUGCCAUGGAAUUUCUUCAUGACUGCCAGGGAGUAUUUCAUCAGCCGCCUUGCAGACCCGGAGAUGAGCCGCUUCUUGAACCAAACCGGUGAGGCUGCCUUGUCCCCCUCCUACCUGCAGUCCAUGUUUGACAACUUCAUGACUCUCUGCGCCAUGGUGCCCCUCCUCAUCUUCACCUGCCUCAACUCCUUCAUCCACCAGCGGAUUCCCCAGCAGAUCCGCAUCUUGGGCAGCCUGGUGGCCAUUGGGCUGGUGUUUUUAGUCACCGCUAUUAUGGUGAAGGUCACCAUGGAGCCUCUUCCCUUCUUUGUCUUUACCAUGAUCAGCAUCGUCUUCAUCAACUCCUUCGGCGCCAUCCUCCAGAGCAGCCUCUUUGGGCUGGCAGGGCUCCUGCCUGCCAGCUACACAGCUCCCAUCAUGAGUGGGCAGGGCUUGGCGGGCACCUUUGCCGCUUUGGCGAUGAUCUUCAGUAUUGCCAUUGGCGCCCAGCAACCUGAGAGCUUCAUCGGUUACUUCACCACGGCCUGUGUGGCGAUUGUGCUGGCAAUCUUCUCCUACAUCCUUCUGCCUCGCAUGGAUUUCUUCCGGUACUACUCCAUGAAGGACAAGACAGAGUACCGUGUGUACAAUGCAGAGCUGGAGACCAAGAGAGACCUGAUUAAGAAAGAUGAGCCCAAUGGGAUGGAGCAGAAUAAUUCAAAGAUCAUCCCUAUCCACAACCCUGACGAGAAGCCCUCGGUCAUUGCUAUUUUUAAGAAGCUCUGGGUCAUGGCUGUGUCUGUCUGCUUCGUCUUCACUGUCACCAUUGGCGUCUUUCCUUCCAUCACAGCUAAGGUGUCCACGGUCCUCGGGGAGGGAAACAGAUGGGGUCUCUACUUCAUCUCUGUCUCCUGCUUCCUGCUCUUUAAUGUCUUCGACUGGAUGGGACGGAGUCUCACUGCCCUCUUCACAUGGCCCGGGAAGGACAGCUGCCUCCUGCCAGUGAUGGUGGCCCUCCGUGUCAUCUUUAUACCUCUUUUCAUGCUGUGCAACGUGCAACCCCGUAAAUACCUGCCUGUUGUAUUCCCUCAUGACGCCUGGUACAUCGUCUUCAUGAUCUUCUUCUCCAUCUCCAAUGGAUACCUGGCCAGCCUUUGCAUGUGCUUCGGACCCAAGAAAGUGCUUGCCCACGAAGCAGAGACAGCUGGAGCCGUCAUGGCCUUUUUCCUGUCGCUGGGCUUGGCCCUAGGAGCUGCCAUCUCCUUUCUGUUCCGAAUUCUCAUCUAGCAGAGGCACCGGAGGGUGCAGGGACACCGAGAGACGACUCCGCAUCCUCCUCCAAGGCCCUGGACACCUCGGCACCGUGGGGAGAUAACACCUCACGCCUGCCCCUGCCAAAUUGCACUGCCACGGCAGACGUUACACCCAGGGACAGUUCCACUCCUGCAGGGUUGGCCUGGCUCCUGCCACGCUCGGCUGUGUGAUGCCUUCAGGCCUACGUGCCUUCUCCUUCCCUGUGCUGCGUGUGUGUAAGACCCCCGGGAUCUCACAGAGGUCCAGCUGCCUCCCAUGCUGCAUAAUUUCCCCAGCUCAAGGCCAAAAGCCAUUCUUAGCCGCCGCCUCCUCUCUGACAGAGUUGAAGGCUGGUAUCCAGUGUUAUUCCCUCUCUUGCCCUUGUCCCCAAGGCACCUAGGGACUUGCUCUCCUCUCCUCUCUUCUCCUUCCAGGGGGCCUGGAAACAGCCCACACCACUUCUCCUGCUGGUGAGACUUGCAAACGGGGAGGAGAGCCCCCGCCAGCCUCACCAUCCCCGCUCUCUGCUAGGCACACAUCCUCCUGCCCAGCAGUAUCCCAGGGACACAGACAUCCAUGUCCCACCCACAUAAAGAGCCAACACCGUGGCUAGGCUGAGGGAGGAGGUCUCCACACCCCACCUUCUCCCCCUCUCCUUGCCUUUGUUCCCUACUUUUUUUUUUUUUUUUGGUGAUUCUGCCAUUGUUUUCUUUCUGCCUCCCGGUUGUGUGACAGGAGGUCCCACUGUGGGCUGCAAGAGGCGAGGUGGCAACUCCCUUCCCACCCAGGCUGCCUUCCCUGCCCGCCUGUGCUGCAGGGGGAGGCCUGACCUCUCCCUUGGCUUUCCCGUCCCUCGUCUGUGUAAACGUGUCUGUACGGUUGCCGUUUUCUAUAAAAAGACCAAACCGCC